CUGCACCCAGCUGGAGGCCCCGCUUCACCGGUUUCUGUUCUGGGAGAGGCUGGGCUGCUCGGGGAAAUCGAAAGUUGGCAGAGGGGAGGUGGGCUGUGCGAGGAGGCCCCUCCCCCUGGCCUGCCUGCCCGCCGCUCAGGCAGCUCCUCACUCACUUUCCGAGGCUCCCGCGCCAUGGCCAGCACCCAGACGCUCCCCCUUGGCCACAUCAACGGCGCUUUCCCCCCCAGCUCUAAGCUGCUCUCCGAGGAGGCCGAGACCUCCACCACCAUCAACAUCCGCUCCUGUGAUCCGCCCCCGAAGGACUUCUUUGUCUGGUCCUUGUUCAACGCCCUCUACAUGAACUUCUGCUGCCUGGGCAUCGCGGCGCUCGCCUUCUCCGUGAAGGCCAGAGACCGGAAGGUGGUGGGGGACCUGGAUUCAGCGCGGAGCUACGGGUCCACCGCCAAGUGCCUUAACAUCUUCGCCCUGAUCUUCUCCCUCCUCCUGCUGGCAGUGCUGGCCACGGUUUUGAUCUUGGGACUCAUCGGCCUGGCCCAGAGGCAGCAGCUAUUCCCCCGCAAUUGAGUUGCCCCGCCCCGCCCCGCCCCCUCCUCGCGCUGGGAGCGGCGCCCCCUCCGCUGGCCCGUCUCCCCGCGGCGCCCCGCUGAAUGCAAUAAAGGACCCUGUUUCCAGGCU